AUGCAGUGGGCGCUUGACACGCUCACUGCGUACUCAGGGGCCUUCGGCUUCGUCGCUGUGUUUGGGACACACCUGUCUUCGUCCCAGCCCUGUAUCUGCCACUGCGAUUUUGGGCCAGAUCGCGGGCUCCUGGACGUCAUCCAGGGGCAGCUGGACCGCUGCACAGCGGCGGGGUUUGCGCCGGCGCCCGCGCGGCCGAGCCCGGAGACUGGCUGGACGGCAGCGUGGUGCUGGCUGCUCACGGGGCUGGUGCUCGGGGUCAUAGUUGGAGUUCUCGUCGGAAGCUACCUCGCGCUCGCUGUUGUUGGACGGCUUGGCUGGCACGGAGGCGGCAGCAGGGCCAUCAGUGACAGGCUCGAGACGCAUCCUAUUGUGCCAGGAGACUGCGGGCUCUACAUCAUCGACGAGGAAGAGGAGGAUUGGGUGAGUGUGGAGCGUGUUCCUAAUCGGCAGCUGGAUGAGUGGUUGGAAAAGAAGAGGAGCGGGCCCGGCAGAGACAUGUGGAUCCAUCCGAUCCAGCGGGAUAGUGCCGGGCGCCGCAGCGCAUUGUUGAAAGAAUCGGUCAACAUGUUCAAGGUUCCGAAGUUCGAGGACUGGCCCUUCGACGGGCCGUCGGCGGCCGACGAGGUGCUGUCGGAGGUGGCGAAGGCGGGCCUCGAGCUGCACUUGUACCCUACGUGGUGGGAGAGCAAGAGCGGAGUGAACCCGCAGAGCAGCGUGGCUCGUGAGGUGCGGCUGUGCUUCGAUUACCUUCGGUGCUUUCAGUCGUAUGACCAGCUGAACCUUCCCGCGCUGUCGGGCGUUGAGCUGAUCUGUCGCCGGGUCAUCGUGUGCCAGCGGGCGGUCAAGAGGAACCCGAAGAAUCCAGACUCCCCGGGGUUCGAGCGCUUCCUGCAAGCGUCCUUCGACGACAGCGGGGGGCUACGGACCUCGGAGCUCGACAAAUACAUGGCCGAGUCCCAGAAGACCGAUGCCACGGUGCUGAAGCAGUUCAGGCUGUGGCAGGAGGAGCUCGAGGCGGACAAGAAGAGGCAGGCCGCCAAGCCAGGUGAUCGCGCGGCCUUGAGCCGCUUCCAGACGGGUGCUGGGAGUCCUGACGAGCGUCGCUUCAUGGUGACCAACGCUGUCAGCGCGCUCAACGGGCUGGACGGUUUCUACCAGCUGCGGUACCUCCCUCUCUCCGACUGGUUCGGCAUCCCGAUCAAGAUCACCGCGGGGGAGGCCGGCAUCAGUGACGUUUACGACAACGUUGACGGCCAGGACGUCUGGGAGCGAGUUGAGCCGGGCGAACGCGUCUGGUCAUGCUUCUGUGGAGUGGCGAUGGGCUGGUCGUGGGGCUUGUGCAUCUGCCACUCGGCGCUGACCGACGGGCUGAUCGUGGCGGUCGGUCGCAUGAUGGUUUGCAGCCGUGAGGUCGCGGAGCGACAGCUUGCUCGAGAUGGCUUCCCGGCUCCGUGCCUCUCCAAGGGCCGGCCCGUCAUCGCGCCCUACGUAGACAACGGGGGCGUGGUGUGCUACGACGUGGCCGACGCGAAGCAGGUGUACAAGGAGAUGGUGGGCGAGCUGGUCUCGCGGGGGUUCACACUUCGGGACCUCGUUGAGUUCGACGAGGACCUGGACAUGGUGGGCUUCGUGCUCAGCGGCUCCGACAAGUGCUGGAAGCGUCGGCGUUCUCGCUUCUGGCGGCUGUACGGUGGGGUAGGCCAGCUACUGGCCCGCGGGGGCUGCGCGGGGGAUGUGAUGCGCGUGGUGCUUGGGCACUUGGUGAACUUCUUCCUGCUCUCGCGGUGCUGCCUGAGUAUCUUGCAGGAGUGCUACCAGUUCGUUCAGCAGAACAUCGGGCGCUACCGGCGGUUCAGUGCCACGGUUGUCUCCGAGCUUCGCGCGUGCCAGGGGGCGUUGCCGCUGGCGGUGGCGAGGCUCAGCGACCCGUUCUACGAGAAGGCCUUCAUCAGCGACUCGUCCACCCACGGCCACGCGCUUCACCAGGGCUACUUCAGCGGGGCCGAGCUGCGGAGCGUUGGCCGCUGGAAGGAGCGCUGGCGCUUCGCCGACGAGGAGAAGGCUUUGGGUCUCGGCCUUGAAGCUAACGGGCCAGGCCUCGACGCCGACUUCGAUUGCCUGGGCGAGUCGUUCGAUCUGGACGAGGUGCCGCGGGGUUCCCCACUUAGGCCAGCGGCCGUGGGAGCCGCCGGCGCCCUGCCGAGGUCGGUGAAGCCCGAGGUGAUCACUGGCAUCGUGCCGGCGUUGCCCGACGAGCUGCUGGACGGAGCCCGCUGGUCCAGAGUGCUGGUGGGGGCCUGGGGCCGGCGGGAGGCGAUCCACAUGAAAGAGUGCCGUUUCUCGCUGGCAGGGCUGAGGCACGCGGUCGCGGACCCCCGAGCGCCCGGAUGCCAAGUCCUCUCGGCGGGUGACAACCUCUCGGAGAUCAUGGCGACCGAGGAGGGGAGAGCGGUCGACCACGGGUUGAACGCGCUCUGCCGUCGAGCAGCUGCCCUCCAGCUCGGUGCGGAGAUCCGCUGGGUGAGGAGGCAUGUCGAGUCGGAGCGCAACCCGACGGACGCCGACUCCCGCCUGGCGGACAAGGGCGUCCUGAAGGCGGGCGAGGCGCUGCGGCCUGGCCGCCUGGCCGGGCGGCUGCGAGCGGCGGCUGCCAGCCGGGCGGCCGCGCCGGCGCAGACGGCCGAGGGCAAGUGCCCGAGCCGCUCACGGAGCGAGCGCCAGACGAGGAGGCCGUCGGGCAUCCUCGAGUUGUUUGCCGGCUGCGGACGCCUGUCUGGAGCCUGUGCGCAGGACUCCAACGAGGUCACCAGGGGCCAGGAGUUGGCGCUCUUCAGUUGUCGUCUUCUACGGGCAUGUCGUCAGCGCGGGGUCAUGGUCUCGGUGGAGAACCCGGCCUCGUCUGGGAUAUGGUCCUACGAGCCACUAAAGAGGGAGCUCCAGAAGUGCUCGUGCAGUCCUGUCAGGUACGACGCGUGCAGGUACGGGGCCCCGUUCAAGAAGCCUACGAGAUUCUUUACUAACGCGGUCUCUCUCGGGGCCCUGGAAAGGAGGUGUAACUGCCGAGUCCCCCACGAGAUCCUCGAGGGCAAGGUCAAGGUCGAGUGCCCAAGCGGCAAGCCAUCGCUGCUCUCGGCUUCGCGGGCGACCACCAAGCUGCUGACCACUGCGGGCCUCCCAGCGCCAGGCUCGACCGACCGAGGCUCGGGCGAGCCGAAGGCGGACGCCCUGCGCUCCGACCGAGCACGAGCGAGGGCCACCAGAGCAGGAGGCUCUCGGAAGGAAGGGUGCUUGAAGAGCCGCUUGAUCUCCGCCAAGACCUUGCGUGUGCACACCGAGGCAGCGAAGCUGUUCUACCUGUUUUGCAAGAGCGUCAUGAUGCCCACCACCACGUACCAGGAGCUGGACGUGGCCAUGGAGCAGUACCUGCACAAGCUGUAUUUCGAUGGGGAGACGAUCUCUGGACCCAUGUACGAGCAGAACCUCACGUGGUCAAAGACGUCGGAGUUCCCGCUCACUCGGAAGGCCCUUCAAGGCUACCGCAAGAGUUCGUGCAGCGUGUCGCGGGAUGGCGCCCCUUGGGAGUGCGCCAUCUUUCUGGCGGGUUUCAUGGCCCGGCACGGCACGAGCGAGUCGGUCCAGGCGGCCGGCCUGACCCUCCUCAUGUGCGACACCUAUCUGAGGAUCUCGGAGGCGAUCUCGUACGUUGGGUCGGGACCAGGCCCUCGGAGCUUCUACUCCCUCAUCGUUGCACCGAGGGAGCUCGGGAAGCCGACGAAGGCGGGUGCCUACGACGACACGGUUCUCGUUGGCGAGACGGCACCAGAGCGCAGCCCGGGGAACACCUUCCCAGACCUCACCGCCCAGAAAUACGAGCUGAUCUUCAGGCGGGCCUGUCAGGCCUUGAACUUCGGCGACCUCAAGCAAUGUCCACACAGCCUCCGACAUGGAGGGGCCUCAGUCGACGCACUGAACGGGAUCGACACCCUCACGAUCCAGAAGCGUGGUCGGUGGAACGUCAUCGCUUCCUGCCGACGAUACGAGAAGAAGGGCCGCAUCUUGAAGCAGCUGUCCAUUCUCGGCCAAGCCCGCGUGCAGGAGUCCGCGGAUGAGCUGGCAUGGCUAGUGUCGAGGUUGCCCCAGCUGCUCUGUUCUGUUCUCAAAGAUAGGAAGAAUAGUGCUUGA